GAGAGACGGCUCGCCGAAGGACGAGGAACUGGAGGAGGAGGAGGAGGAAGGAGGCUCCGCUUUCUCUCAGCCUCGCGCGCACAGCACGCGGAGGCAGAAGACAGUUACUGGACGCUUUCCAUGGAGACCAGCUUCUCCGCCUCGCGCGCUCUGCUCAGACGGAAAACCGAGUAGGAUUGUGACGGAGGGCGGGUGUGCGUCUCACGGCCGCCUUCCCACAGCCAGGUGUUGCAUCCAAGACACCUCGUUUCGAUGGAGAGGCCAGAGGAGGCUUGAGCGGCUCGCGCUCUAGACGUUGAUCCUGUCUGUGGAGCCUCCCGCGCAACAACAAGUUAUUUCUGAAUUGUGGCUGGGUCUUUGGGUUUUUAACAAAAUAUAUUUUGGGACGUUUUUUCCCGGGUUUUUUUGGCCCCUUCUCCCAGCUGCUGAUCUCACCCUGUCUGGAUUUGUUUUUGUGUGUGUCCGUGUGUACGCGUGUGACUGUACCGUACAGAAGACUGGAAUUAAUGUGAAAAUGUGUGUUGUUUUGCUCUACAGCCGCAUGGCCAUGUAAACCGGACCCAGCUGUGCCAACGACGCACGAGCCGUUUUGGGGGUUCAGUUGAAAAUCAGAUCUUGUGCCGCCCCCGAAAGCUGCCGCCUGCCGCCGGUUGCCGUUUGCCGCCGCCUUGUUUUUCACGGAUCCUGGUUCGUUGCGACGCCGCGGCACCCUGAUGGUGCGGACGUUUGGCGCGCGGUGGCUCGAGCUUGGACACGCCGCCGGUGAUUGUUUUUUGUUGUGUGUGUGUGUUUGUGUUUUCCCCUUCAGCACGGAGAUACGGCGCCUGGUGGUGAUGAUUAUAAUGAUGUACGCGGUUCAUCUUGGAGAUGCUUUUCCAUUCGAGUAGGAUUUAUGUGCGCCUUUUUGUUUCUGGAAUCGUUCGCGUGACAAUGACCUCUAACCCGAGAGAGAAACACGCGCCCCCGGUUCAGUGCGCACGAGAGGACGUCGUCUCCCCCCAAAAUCGCCGAGCUACUUAACGAGCGGGAAGGGUGGGUUAAGAGCCUAUAAAUCAGUGCAGCCGAGAGGCGAAGAAAAAGAAAGACAAACAGGGCGACGCGCGGCAGCAGCGGUGAUGGAGCUAUCCGAAGUCCGCUGCUCCAGCGCGAGCGAGGAGCUGUACACCAUCAACAAGACCCCGAGCAGCAGCAACAACAGCAACAGCAGCGGCAGCGCGCGACCCAAACGGCUGCUGUGGCAGAACGCGGUGCGGCACAUCACCGAGCAGCGCUUCAUCCACGAGCAGGGCGGGGGAGGGGUGAAGGGCAUCGGUCCAGACGAGCCCUACGACCCAAGCCAGGGCGCGCGGAAGCAGUCGGCGGGGCGGACGUCGGUCGGAGACCGGCACAACAACGGCGGGACCAAAGUAUUCCCGGAGCGCGCCAGCAGCGACCUGGGCUUCCUGCAGAUCGACUGUGCGCCGAGCAAUUCGGACUUCUUCCUGAACUGGGGCUACACGUACCGGGGCGUCAUCUUCCCCACGCUGCGCAACUCCUUCAAGUCCCGAGACCUGGAGCGGCUGUACCAGCGGUACUUUCUGGGCCAAAGGCGCAAGUCCGUGGUGGUGAUGAACAUCUUGGAUGUGGUGACCAAGCUCACCUUGCUGGUGCUGCACCUCACCCUGGCCUCCAUCCCGAUGGACCCCAUUAAGGGGACGCUCCUGGGCUUCUUCACGGGCAUCGAAGUUGUCAUUUGUGCCUUAGUGGUGGUGCGAAAGGACACCACGUCGCACAGCUACCUGCAGUACAGCGGCGUGGUCACCUGGGUGGCCAUGGCCACACAAAUCCUGGCGGCAGGGCUGGGCUAUGGGCUGCUGGGGGACGGGGUGGGGUAUGUUCUCUUCACCCUGUUCGCCACCUACAGCAUGCUACCGCUGCCGCUCACCUGGGCCAUCCUGGCCGGCCUGUUCACCUCGGGGCUUCACAUCCUGGUCCAGCUGCUCAUCUCCGAGAAUGUGCAGCUUUCCACCAACCAGAUAGCAGCUCAGUCCGUGUUGUUCAUGUGUAUGAACACUGCUGGGAUAUUCAUCAGUUACCUGUCUGACCGAGCUCAGCGCCAAGCCUUCCUCGAGACGCGACGGUGCAUUGAAGCUCGACUGCGACUCGAGACAGAGAACCAGAGACAGGAACGGCUGGUAUUAUCAGUCCUGCCUCGUUUUGUAGUUUUGGAAAUGAUCAACGACAUGACAAAUGUAGAGGAUGAACACCUCCAGCAUCAGUUUCACAGAAUCUACAUCCACCGCUAUGAGAAUGUCAGCAUUCUUUUCGCAGAUGUUAAAGGCUUCACAAACCUCUCCACGACGCUGUCAGCGCAGGAGCUGGUGCGAAUGUUGAAUGAACUCUUUGCACGCUUCGACCGCCUCGCACAUGAGCACCACUGUCUACGAAUAAAGAUCCUGGGGGACUGUUACUACUGUGUGUCUGGUCUACCUGAGCCCAGGCCGGACCAUGCCCACUGCUGCGUGGAAAUGGGCCUCAGCAUGAUCAAAACCAUCAGAUAUGUGAGAUCACGGACGAAACACGACAUCGACAUGCGCAUUGGGAUCCAUUCGGGCUCGGUGCUGUGCGGCGUGCUGGGACUCAGGAAGUGGCAGUUUGAUGUCUGGUCCUGGGAUGUGGACAUCGCCAACAAGCUGGAGUCUGGAGGCAUCCCAGGGAGGAUCCACAUCUCUAAAGCAGCUCUGGAUUGUUUGAACGGCGACUACGAAGUGGAGGAAGGCCACGGGAAGGACCGCAAUGAUUUCCUUCGCCGCCACAACAUCGAGACUUACCUGAUAAAGCAGCCGGAGGAGAGUCUGCUCUCCCUGCCGGAGGACAUCAUGAAGGAGGCGGCCAGCUCGGCCGACCGUCGAGCCAGCAGCGCUACCUUCAACGAGGCCUCGUGGAGCCCCGAGCUCCCUUUUGAUAACAUCGUGGGGAAGGAGAACACUCUGGCUGCCCUAACGAGAAAUUCGAUAAAUCUGCUUCCAAACCAUCUCGCACAAGCUUUGCAUGUCCACUCUGGUCCUGAGGAAAUUAACAAGCGAAUAGAGAGCGCCAUCGACUUACGGAGUGGCGAUAAGUUGAGAAGAGAGCAUAUCAAGCCUUUCUCACUGAUGUUUAAAGACUCCAGCCUGGAAGAGAAGUAUUCACAGAUGAGGGACGAGGUUUUCAAGUCCAACCUGGUGUGUGCGUUCAUUGUGCUCAUCUUCAUCACAACCAUCCAAAGCCUGCUACCCUCUGCCAGCAUGGUAACCAUGGUGAUCCAGUUCUCAGUCCUCAUCAUCCUCCAUUCCUGCCUGGUCCUCGUUACGACGGCGGAGGACUACAAGUGUCUGCCGCUGGUCCUGAGGAAGGCCUGCUGCUGGAUCAACGAAACCUACGCGGCACGCAACGUCAUCGUUUUCGUCUCAAUCCUCAUCAACUUCCUGGCAGCCAUGAUCAAUAUACUCUGGUGCGACUUCGACAAGUCCAGUACCUUCAGGAACCAGACGUACAACGAAUCGGCCUCCAUCCCCGACAUCUGCUUCUACCCAGAGUAUUUUGUAUUCACGGGGGUGCUGGCCAUGGUGACAUGUGCGGUGUUCCUGCGGCUGAACUCGGUGCUGAAGCUGGCGGUGCUGCUGGUGAUGAUCGCCAUCUACUCGCUGCUGACCGAAGCUUUCUACACCUCGCUGUUUGUUCGCUACGACACCGUCCACCACAAUACAGAAAACUUCCUGGGAACCAAAGAGACGUCUUUGCUCCUGAUGGCCAUGUUCCUCCUCGCUGUGUUUUACCACGGCCAGCAGCUGGAGUAUACAGCACGGCUGGACUUCCUGUGGCGUGUCCAGGCCAAAGAGGAGAUCAACGAGAUGAAGGAGCUGCGAGAACACAACGAGAACAUGCUGAGGAACAUCCUCCCCAGCCACGUGGCCCGACACUUUCUGGAGAAGGACCGGGACAACGAGGAGCUGUACUCGCAGUCCUACGAUGCCGUGGGCGUGAUGUUUGCAUCCAUCCCGGGCUUCGCCGACUUCUACUCCCAGACUGAGAUGAACAACCAAGGAGUCGAGUGCCUGAGGCUCCUCAAUGAAAUCAUCGCUGACUUUGAUGAGCUGCUGGGUGAGGAUCGUUUUCAGGACAUCGAGAAGAUCAAGACCAUCGGCAGCACCUACAUGGCCGUCUCUGGUCUGUCACCUGAAAAGCAGCAAUGUGAAGAUAAAUGGGGUCACCUGUGUGCGUUGGCAGACUUCGCCAUCGCCCUCAACGAGAGCAUCCAAGAGAUUAACAAGCACUCCUUCAACAACUUUGAGCUGAGGAUCGGUAUGACUCAUGGCUCGGUGGUGGCAGGUGUGAUUGGUGCCAAGAAGCCUCAGUACGACAUCUGGGGGAAGACGGUGAAUCUCGCCAGUCGGAUGGACAGCACCGGCGUCAGCGGCAAGAUCCAGGUGCCCGAGGAGACCUACCUGAUCCUGAAGGAGCGCGGCUUUGCUUUCGAGUACCGCGGCGAGAUCUACGUGAAGGGCAUCAGCGAGCAGGAGGGCAAGAUCCGAACGCACUUCUUGCUGGGCCGUGUGCAGCCCAAUCCGCUCAUCCUGCAGCCCCGCAAAAUCACUGGCCAGUACUCGCUGGCGGCUGUGGUGCUCGGCCUGGUGCAGUCGCUCAACCGGCAGAAGCAAAAGCAGAUCCUCAACGAGAACAACAACUCGGGCAUCAUGAAGGGCCACCACCACUACAACCGCAGGACGUUGUUAGCACCUGGUGGCUCCGAGGUGGUAGGGGGCCAUCACGCUGAAGCAGCUGAUAAAACUGAGCUGUCCUGAAGAGCAGACUGGAGUUUCAGUUCCACAGAUCUCACAGAGGCAGAGCUGCUCUUCAGCCAAAAAUAGUCCCGGUGGUUGAGUUAAACCUGAGUGGGCGGAGCUAAAGAACUUCCUUUUUUUCCAGCAUGUUCGCAAAAAACAAAACAAAAGUUCUUCAGGAGCUGUUGCAAUUUAAGCUUACUGGAAACUCUGCUUUCAGUUCCUGGAUUGCAAGGUUCACGCUGUGCUGAAUAAAGUCUGUUUCUAGAACUGGACACAAAACCAUCUGUUAAUAAGAGCUAUGUAGGCAGGAUUAAAAUCAGGAAUGUCAUCUUAUCUCCCAGGAAACAAAAAAUGCACCAAGAGUUAAUAAGAAGGAUAAGCUUCCAACUGAGCAGUUUGUUAGGAUGAAAUCUACUAGGUUUGGUUUUAGAAGGACGUUUCUGAAUGCUCCUCAUCGAGACUUGUUUUAUAGAAGUGGUGAUGAAAGCAGGUUUUCCUCAUGCAGAAAUAAUCUGUCAGGAGAUGCAGAUAAAUACCAUAAAAUAUUAAUGCAUAUAUGUGUUGUGGAACAAUGCAUAAAAUCAAGCAGAACACCAUAAACCACAGUAGAGCAAGUUUUUCUACCCUUCAGAAAAGUCUCUAUGAAGGAUGGCCACGGGUUAAAAAAUAUUUAACACACAUUUAAAAGUAUUAAAAUUUCUCAAAUUCAGUUUGAACAGGUUUUCGGUUUUAUAGUCAUGUCAGUAAGUACGAUGAAUUUAGAUCAGACAAUGCAGCUCCAAAAGCAACGGAUCCCAUUUAAGUUCAUUCAGUUACAGCAAUGAAUGAUUCAGCUCACCGGGAGCGUUAGCAGACUGACAACAACUGAACUAAAGAAGCUGUGACAGUUUUCUUUAAACGUCUUCAUAGUUCAGAGGCUGUUUUUAUAUGUAGAAAACAACAGUAGACAAAUAUGACACAUUAGCUAACUUAAUGGUUGUACAGGGGUUAAUUUGGGGAUUACAGUACACAGUGGAAACCCUGAAGAUGAAGAAAUAGAACAAAGUCUUGCUAGCCAAGUUAAAUGACUUGUUAAUAAUUAAUAAUAAUGAUUAUUGUCUUUGGUUAAAGCCUUUGAAAUGGUUAUGAGUGGUCAUGAGGUCUCGGCUCAUCUGUGUACAGGUCUUACUAAUAGGGCUGGGCCGUUUCACCUCAUCCACGAUAAUAUCGUUACAAUUUUACACGAUAUAAAAAGUCAUCUCAUGAUACCAUUGCUAUAGUAACGCUAUGUGUUUACAUGUCCUAGUGUGUGCAACAAUAAGACGAGCCCAGGCACGUCUGACAGCGAGAGCAGCGUGAAGGGAGCUACUUCAGCAACCUCCAACAGAGCAGUACUUAAAAAGCAGGCAGGGAUUUUGUUGCCGCUAAAAGUGGAAGCAACAAACUUGUUUCAGCACUUGAGGCAAAAACACACUGUUGAGCAAAACCUGGCUACGAAUGAGGAAGUGCCAGCAGCUGGUGAUGUGCGACCCAGAUGUAAACACACGACCCCACCGAGCGUCUCUGGAGCCCUCGCUGGUUCCACUCCAUGUGACAGGAAGUGCAAACAGUGGGUGGAAAUUACUGGUUCGGUUACAUGGUGGAAAGCAGGGCUUUAAGCAGCUGACCCAAAAUACGACGACCCACAGAAAGUGUUAAACACGUAUUUUGUACUUUCAUUUAAAAUUUCCAGGGAAAACAACCGAGGCUACUUUGUUAUUCAGUAUUUUUAUCAUCAGAAAUGUUGUUAAUGCAAAUUUUCUUGAAAUAUUGUGUCAGUUUGAGGCUUUAUCACUCACCCCUACUUUCCAUCUCUACCUUCGUGUAGCACAGAAAAGCAGAUUCUAGUUUCAGAAGUACCCUGUACACUUUGGCAGUAAUAUUGGGCGGUGAUGUAGCAUCAGCUGCUGGUUUUACAUUUACAUACUGGUCUGCAUUUGACAGUCACGCACCAAGAAACACACUGACCCCAAAUGCAAAGAAUAAACUCUGCAGUAAAUUCCUCUGUAUGUGUGCGCACUCAGCAAGAUUCAAACUUUGAUUGUAUUCAGAAGAUUGCCGUAGCCACCGGGGUAUCACCCAGUGGUCUGCUGCAGGUCCUGCUAAAGGUGACCUUUUAGCAGCUUUCCAGGUCAGGAGGAGGACUAUCAUUGCCAGCUGCAGUCCUGAAUGGAGUGGUGGUGAAGUCAGCCUGACUGCAGGACAAACAUCUACAACAGAGACCUGUGCAGUGAGUCUGCAGCAGAGGAAACACGAGACAGGAAAGGACAAGGGCUAAAUGGUUAGCAACAACUGAAUUUUCAAAAUAAAAGUGAGGGCACUGUCCACUACUGUCAAUUAUUGAUGGUGUUGGAGGGAUUCAAAGAUGCUGAAGCCAGUCCCAGAUAUACUGGGGUGGCCAUUAAAGCAAGUCUAUAAUAGUAAUUUAAAUUGAUGAGUUAUAGAACAUUUGUCCCUGUCCAGUUACUAUGAAGGGGGAUUUUAUUUUUCUGGGCUGAUUCUUUUUUGGAGACAGCUCUAAGAGGUCAUUAGCGGUACUGCAGUUUUUGGCACUUUUGCUUCAUUUUCCAGAUACAACUUUGCUGUGUUUAAAGCGGAAAAAAGGGCACGCUGCAAGUUUGUUGGAUCUUCAGGACGCAGACGACGCAUUUUGGUGCAAAACACUGAAUGUAAACAGAAAUGCUUUUUACACAGAGGUUCGUGUAGGCCUGCGAGCAGGGGGUCCACCGGCCUCCAGCUCAGGGGAGGUGGAAAAGCUUGCUAAUCACUUUGAGGCUAAGUUUGAGGCUAGCCUGCUAACCUUUCAACAUCAUGAAUGUCUUGUAAAAAUGAAUGAAAGUCACAUGUUUUCACCGCAGUGACUUCUUUUCACUGUUCUAGGUUUACCAGGUAGCCCAAAUAUGCUCAGAAAAAAAAAACUCUCUGGCCCCUCCCACUUUCGUUUAACUCAACCAGUGAGAUCAUUUCUGGCUCCUGAUCGUCUCUGCUUCUGGAUGAACGUUUGAAGAACUGAAAGUCCUCUGGAGGAGGAGAAGGAGGUGGUGGUGGUUGGGGUGGGAAGGAAGGAGGGAGGUUCAUCCGCCCUCACCUGUUCGAUGUGUGUUUGACCGAGCCCCUCGGACUGUCUGAUGUUCCUCCUGUCAUUUCCCCAUUUUCAUGUCACCUGACCACCGACCCGUCCACGCCUAAAACCCCUGCCCCGCUCUGACCCUCGCCUGGUGUCAAUGUUUCUUUUUUGUAUUUCUUUUAUAUAUGAAAACACAAUAAAAGGGGUCUAAUUUUUUAUACGAA